AGAGGACAGAGCUGCUCCCCUUCGCAUCCUGUAUCUUUCCUCUCGCCAUCCAUCUCUGCUUAGUGCGCUGCUGCCUUGGCCAGCCUUCCUGCUUCUGCCUUAGGAAGGAAAGACCAGCUCCGCCAUGUCUAUUGAGAAGGUUCACGCUCGGGAGAUCCUGGACUCUCGUGGGAAUCCAACCGUGGAGGUGGAUUUGUACACAGCUAAAGGGAUGUUCCGGGCAGCUGUUCCCAGUGGCGCUUCCACCGGCAUCUACGAAGCUCUAGAGCUGCGUGACAACGAUAAGUCCAGAUUCCUUGGGAAAGGGGUCCUGCAGGCGGUGGAUCACAUCAACAGCACCAUUGCCCCUGCUCUCGUGAGCUGUGGCCUUUCAGUCGUGGAGCAAGAGAAGAUCGACAGCCUCAUGCUGGAGAUGGACGGGACAGAGAAUAAAUCCAAGUUUGGAGCCAAUGCCAUCCUGGGUGUCUCCCUGGCUGUGUGCAAAGCGGCGGCUGCGGAGAAGGACAUUCCCCUCUACCGACACAUCGCUGACCUGGCUGGAAAUUCUGAUCUCAUUCUGCCAGUACCGGCCUUCAACGUGAUCAACGGGGGCUCCCACGCUGGGAACAAGCUGGCCAUGCAGGAGUUCAUGAUCUUGCCAGUUGGGGCUGAAAGCUUCCGGGACGCCAUGCGCAUCGGUGCCGAGGUCUAUCACAAUCUCAAGGGUGUGAUCAAGGACAAGUAUGGCAAGGAUGCCACCAAUGUGGGUGACGAAGGAGGCUUUGCCCCUAACAUCCUGGAGAACAGUGAAGCUCUGGAACUCCUUAAGGAAGCCAUUGAGAAAGCUGGCUACACUGACAAGAUUGUGAUCGGCAUGGAUGUGGCCGCAUCGGAAUUCUACAGAGACGGAAAAUAUGACUUGGACUUCAAAUCCCCCGAUGACCCCAGCCGCUACAUCUCUGCUGAUGAGCUGGGUGACCUGUACCAAAGCUUUGUAAGGGAUUACCCAGUGGUGUCGAUCGAGGAUCCAUUUGAUCAGGAUGACUGGGAGGCCUGGUCCAAGUUCACAGCAAACGUUGGGAUUCAGAUUGUGGGGGACGACCUGACUGUGACCAACCCCAAACGCAUCGAGCGAGCUGUGGAAGACAAGGCCUGCAAUUGCCUCCUGCUGAAAGUCAACCAGAUUGGAUCAGUCACCGAGGCCAUCCAAGCCUGUAAACUGGCCCAGGAAAACGGCUGGGGGGUGAUGGUGAGUCACCGAUCAGGGGAGACUGAAGACACCUUCAUUGCGGACCUGGUGGUGGGACUCUGUACUGGCCAGAUAAAGACGGGAGCGCCAUGCAGGUCCGAGCGACUGGCAAAAUACAAUCAGUUAAUGAGGAUUGAGGAAGAGCUUGGCGACGAAGCCCACUUUGCCGGGCACAACUUCCGUAACCCGAGCGUCCUAUAAGCCCUGCCCUGGGCACACUCUGGCUUGCCUGCUGACUUCCCCAGUGCACAGACUCUGAGUGCCCCUUUAGACCACACCCUCCAUUUCCCCGGCUCCUCUGUCUCCUCUCCCCAUUCCAGCUACCUCCUCUGGCCUCUCACUGGAGCCUCCCCCUCCAAGACGUGUGGAGAAUGAAGCUUCCCUCUGCGGUGCUCCAAGCCAGCUUUGCGUGUGUUGCGCAGUGUCUUCUCUCUGGGCCUGCUUGAAUCAUCGUUGCACCCCGGUGUCAAGUGCUGUGAGCAUGUUUGUCUGGACGUGUGGUGAGGGCGUGCGUGGCAGAAGUUCGCCCUGUGUUCCCCCUUCCUUUGUUGCCGCUGGGAGUCUGUGUUUAACUCCUGGAUUAUGACGGUGUUUAAAACCUUCGUAGCGCUUACUGUCAACAGCAAGUUUCUGUAUGUUCUAGCCUGUCCCUGCCAGCCUUCAAGUUUUGUUUUCUCUUUUUGUUUCGGGCGGGGUGUGUGUGUGUGUGUUUGUCUGUGCGGUGCCAUACCUACACCUGCGACUGAUCUGAAAGUUCUUUUGGUUUGUGUUUUCGGGCGACACCAAGGCACCUGUGCUGCUGCAAUACACUGGGUCCUUAUGCCAUGCUUUGUGGGGUGUUGUGGGUCAGUGCAUUGUGGGCGUGUUGUUGUGAUCCGCAUCCUGCUCAGACCGCUCUCUCUCUCUCUCUCUCUCUCUUUCUGGUUGUUCGGUCACACGGCGCUCUUUCCCCAUCACCUUUUCCCCGCCUUGCUCUCCUAUCACUUCUGCUUUGACCUCCAGAAGUUUCACCCUCAACUGAGCAAGCGGAGAACCCCCCCACCCCCAGACACACGAGAAAAUCAACCAACAGACCAACCCUCAAAAUUAAAUUCUGUUUCACACCUGA